ACAAGCAUUGCCCAUUAAUGGCCAGCGCAAAUCAUUUCACUCCGCCUUUUUCCCCUUAUUUUUCCCUUUUUUUCGAGUGAAUAAAUUGCCACCUUUUAUUUUCAUCUAUUUUACUAAACCCCACAAUUUUUUUCCCUUUCCUCUCCUAUAAAAUUCACUCCCCUGCCCUCUCCAUCACUGCAACUCUCUCACUGAACCAGCCAUGGCGGUCCCUGUAAACUUCAAGUCCUUUUUCCUGUUCUCUCUCUUCCUCUUAUUGGGUUUUUCUCUCAGUUCACAGACGAGCCAGCAGGAGAAGGAGAAGCCACUGAGCUUCAUCAUAAGAGCAAAGCACGAUGCAAAACCCUCUAUUUUCCCAACUCAUAAACACUGGUACCAAUCCACUCUCCAGUCUCUAUUUUCCAGUGAUUCUUCGCCGGAAAACCAAGUUUCCGGCAACCCAUCAUUGGCAAGCUCGUUCUCCGGCACCUUAAUCCACACUUACAGCACAGUGUUUCAUGGCUUCUCAGCAAAAAUCACACCGUCCAUGGCCAAAAAACUCGAGAAAAUGGCGGGAAUACUCUCUGUGAUUCCUGAUAAAGCAAGGCAACUUCAGACCACUCGAUCUCCUCAAUUCCUCGGCUUAAAGAGAAAGGACACAAUGGGUCUACUCGCCGAGUCAGACUUCGGGUCGAAUUUGAUAAUCGGUGUUUUGGAUACGGGUAUUUGGCCGGAAAGGAGGAGCUUCUCGGAUCGUGGACUCGGGCCGGUUCCUUCAAGUUGGAAGGGCGAGUGUGUUGAAGGACGCGGUUUCUCGGCCAGUUCCUGUAAUCGUAAACUCGUUGGAGCGAGGUACUUCUCGGGGGGCUAUGAGGCGAUGAGUGGCCCCAUGAACGAGACUGCAGAGUACCGCUCUCCUCGUGACUCAGAUGGCCAUGGCACUCACACUGCCUCCAUCGCUGCAGGCCGCUAUGUGUACCCUGCUGACAUGCUCGGCUAUGCCCAUGGUGUCGCUGCUGGUAUGGCUCCAAAAGCCCGACUUGCUGCCUAUAAGGUGUGCUGGACCUCGGGCUGCUUCGACUCUGACAUCCUGGCUGCUUUCGACCGUGCGGUCCUUGAUGGCGUCAACGUCAUCUCCCUCUCUGUUGGCGGUGGGGUCGUUCCAUUUUAUCUUGACUCCAUUGCCAUUGGUGCCUUUGCUGCUGCUCAACACAACAUCUUUGUCUCUGCUUCUGCUGGUAAUGAGGGCCCCGCCGAGUCGACAGUCACGAAUGUUGCCCCGUGGAUCACAACUGUUGGUGCCGGAACGCUCGAUCGGAACUUUCCAGCUGAAAUUUCUCUGGGCAAUGGUGUCAAAUUUUCGGGAGUCAGUCUAUACAGUGGUCCCCAUCUUAGCCAAAAACCUGAGAUUCCCCUGGUUUAUGCUGGAAAUGCCCCUGCUACUGGUGGUGACGGUUAUUCCUCAUCGCUUUGUAUGGAGAACUCGUUGGAUCCCGAGAUGGUCAGGGGCAAAAUUGUGCUGUGUGAUAGGGGGAGCAAUGCACGUGUAAACAAGGGCAUAGUCGUAAAAGAGGCAGGAGGUGUAGGUAUGAUUUUGGCGAACGGGGCAGGCGAUGGAGAGGGUCUGGUGGCGGAUUCACAUGUUCUACCAGCUGCUGCUAUUGGUGCGAAUGCGGGCGAUCUUGUCCGUUCUUACGUCAACUCUGUGAAGAAUCCGACAGCCACAAUUCGGUUUCAAGGGACCCAGCUUGGUGUGCGGCCAGCUCCAGUGGUUGCUUCCUUCUCAGCACGUGGCCCAAAUCCGGUGGCUCCUGAGAUCUUGAAACCUGAUGUCAUUGCACCGGGUGUCAACAUCCUAGCAGCCUGGACUGAUGAUGUAGGGCCUGCGGGGGUCACAUCUGACCGUCGAAAAACCGAGUUUAACAUAUUAUCGGGAACCUCAAUGGCCUGCCCACACGUGUCAGGCUUAGCGGCCCUCUUGAUGGGGGCCCACCCCGACUGGACACCCAGCAUGAUUCGAUCGGCCCUGAUGACAACUGCAUAUGUUAGAGACAAUCGUGGUGGGCCCCACAUGCUCGACGAGGCCACUUGGAAUGCAUCUUCCCCAUUGGAUUAUGGGGCAGGACACGUGGACCCAAACCGCGCCAUGGUUCCAGGCUUGGUCUACGAUCUGACGAUCCAGGAUCAUGUGGAUUUCCUUUGCAGUUCAAAUUAUAGUGCAAAGAAUAUUGAGAUUAUAACUCGAAAGCCCGAGAAGUGCAGCCAAAAAGUUACCCAUGCCGGCAAUUUGAAUUACCCAGCGAUUUCUGCAGUUUUCGAGCGAGUUCCUGGUAGGGCAAAGAUGUCCACACAUUUUAUCAGGACAGUAACCAAUGUGGGGGAUGGGCCUUCGGUUUAUAAGGUUACAGUUAAGGCACCAUUAGGGAGUGUGGUUAGUGUUGAACCAGGGAAACUAGUGUUUACCAAGGUUAAACAGAGGUUAAGUUUUGUGGUUAGGGUUGAGGUUAGGGCUGUUAAGCUUGUGGCUGGGGGUUCAAGGGUUAGUACUGGGUAUGUGACUUGGACCGAUGGGAAGCAUGUGGUUAAUAGUCCUAUUGUGGUCACCUUGCAAGAGCCCUACUAAAACUUGACGCCAGGUUUAGUGUUAGGGUCCUUUUCCUAAAAACAAAAAAGAAAAAGAAAAGAAAGAAUUGGAGGUAAAAUAAGAACUCUAUUGGCUGGGGGUUUUUUUGGGUUAGAUGGAGUUUAGUGUUUUCUUUUUGUUUUUUGGGGAAGUUUUUGGGUUUCCUAUCCUUGGAAUGUUGGUUUUUGGUUAUGUAAAUCUUUUGGGUUUUCUUUUCUUUUAUAAUUUGUUUCUUAGGAAGGUGGGUUUGGCUUUUUGGUGGUGGAGUUUUUAUUUUGUUUCCUUUUUUUUUUUUUCUUUUUGUUCUUUUUCAGCUUUUCUCUCUAUAAAGUGCAUUUUGGGGUUAUCUAGAUUUUACUUUCUUAGGGUUUAUUUAAUUUGUUGCAUUUCCUAUGGAAAACUGAGGGUUUUAUUUAUUUAUUUGUAAGCUAGGCUUUUUUGUUUUAUCUGUUUAGGUCCCAUGUUGAAUGGAAAUAUUGUAUUUGUGUGUAUAAUAUACAGAAGAAAGGAGGGUAAGAGAGAGAUAAUUGGAUGUAUCUUUUGGAUUGUGAUGGGAGACAUGAAGAAACAUGUAUCUGGCUCUAUGAUGAUGUUUCUUUUUUCUGAAAUUUUGGAAAAGAUCUGUAAUUUGGGAUGUUUUAUUUGGAAGAGUAUGGUUUAUGUAUGAAUUACCAUGAAGGAUCAUUCGAUCUAAGACCAUAAUAAGUUGCAAUUUGGUAUAAUGUAACAUUUAGUGUUAAAUUUUAAAAAUUUGUUUGUAAGUAUUGAAAGUAGCAAA